AUGGCGCAACUCGACACGCUCGACAUCGUGGUGCUCGCCGUCAUCCUGGUGGGCACCGUCGCAUACUUUACCAAGGGCACCUACUGGGCCAAACCCACCGAUCCAUAUGCAAACUCGCUCGCCCACGCCAAUGGCGGCAAGGCCGGCAAGUCGAGGAACGUCAUCGAGAAGAUGGACGAGACGGGCAAGAACUGCGUGGUCUUCUACGGAUCUCAGACCGGUACCGCUGAGGACUAUGCCUCGCGUCUGGCCAAGGAGGGCGCCUCUCGUUUCGGCCUGAAGACGAUGGUUGCUGACCUGGAGGAUUACGACUACGAAAACCUGGACGUCUUCCCCGAUGACAAGGUUGCCAUAUUCGUGCUGGCGACCUACGGCGAGGGCGAGCCCACAGACAACGCGGUCGAAUUCUACGAGUUCAUCACCAGCGAGGACUCCACCUUCAGCGAGAAUGCUGCCGCGGCUGACGGGCCCCUGAAAAAUCUCAAGUACGUCGCUUUCGGUCUGGGUAACAACACCUACGAGCAUUACAACUCUAUGGUUCGCAAUGUCGAUAAGGCCCUCCAGAAGCUGGGCGCCACUCGCAUUGGCGCUGCCGGCGAGGGUGACGAUGGCGCGGGUACCAUGGAAGAGGACUUCCUCGCCUGGAAGGAUCCCAUGUGGGCUGCUCUCACCGAGGCCAUGCAGCUCGAGGAACGCGAGGCUGUUUACGAACCUGUCUUUGACGUUGAAGAGAAGGAUGAUAUGAACGUUGAGGACAACACUGUUUAUCUCGGCGAGCCCAACAAGAACCAUCUGGAAGGCCACUCCAAGGGACCGUACAACGCCCACAACCCAUACAUUGCGCCAAUUGCCGAGUCUCGAGAACUUUUCACCACCGACGAUCGCAACUGCCUGCACCUCGAGGUCGACAUCAGCGGCUCCAAUCUGUCCUACACUACUGGCGAUCAUAUUGCGGUCUGGCCCACCAACGCGGGCAAAGAGGUCGACAGAUUCCUCCGGAUCCUUGGUUUGGCGGAGAAGCGCGAUGCGGUGAUUGGCGUCAAGGGUACCGAUCCUACCGCCAAAGUCCCUUUCCCGUCGCCAACCACUUACGACGCUGUUGUGCGCUAUCACAUGGAAAUCUGUGCCCCCGUCUCCCGUCAGUUCGUUUCUUCUCUGGCUCAAUUCGCUCCCAACGACACCAUCAAGGCCGAAAUGGCUAAGAUGGGCGGCGACAAGGAUUACUUCCAGGAGAAGGUUUCUUCUCUGAACCUGAAUAUUGCGCAGUUGCUGGAGCUCCAGUCGAAUGGCGAACAGUGGCCAAAGGUUCCUUUUUCGAUCAUGAUCGAAGGUCUGCACAAGAUCCAACCGCGUUAUUACUCGAUUUCCUCGUCUUCGCUCGUCCAAAAGGACAAGAUCUCCAUUACGGCUGUCGUCGAGUCUAUCGAGAAGCCGGGAGCGCCGCAUGUCGUCAAGGGUGUUACCACGAACUAUCUUCUGGCGCUGAAGCAGAAGCAGCAUGGUGUCGCGGAACCUGACCCUCAUGGUCUGAACUACGCUCUUACCGGUCCUCGUAACAAGUAUGAUGGCAUUCAUGUUCCCGUGCACGUCCGUCACUCGAAUUUCAAGCUCCCCACGGAUCCUUCCAAGCCCGUCAUCAUGGUCGGUCCCGGUACCGGCGUCGCGCCUUUCAGAGGCUUCAUCCAGGAACGUGCGGCGCAGGCUCGCGCUGGCGAAAACGUCGGCAAGACUAUCCUCUUCUUCGGCUGCCGCAAGAGUACCGAGGAUUACCUUUACAAGGAGGAGUGGGAGCAAUACCAGAAGGAUCUCGGCGAUAAAUUCGAGAUGCACACCGCUUUCUCUCGCGAGGGGCCGAACAAGGUCUACGUGCAGCACAAGAUCCAGGAGAAUGCCGAGACUGUCGACCAACUUCUGCAACAGAAGGCCUACUUUUACGUUUGCGGUGAUGCUGCGAACAUGGCGCGCGCUGUCAACGAUCUACUUGGCCAGAUCGUCUCCAAGCAGCGUGGGCUGCCAGAGUCCAAGGGUGAGGAGAUUGUGAAGUCAAUGCGCGCAUCGAACCAGUACCAGGAGGAUGUUUGGUCGUAG